AUGUCAGUGUGUCAGGACAAAACGCGCAACAGAACCUCUUCCCUAGCUCUCUGCGGCGGACUGGACCUCGCGCGAAGGGACCCUGCCGCGAUGGAUGCCGAGAACAGCGCCCGUCUCGGUCCGGAUCAAACCGUGGCGGAGUGUGAUGGACUUCCUCCAGAGGAAGAAGACGAUGAUGCACAGGGACUCUCGGAAACUUACACGAUACAAAGCCUUGACAUAUUAGAGGCAAUUCUCCACAUGGAAACUCGGAAACACCGCUGCAGACGGAGGCUUGGAGCGGUCGUGGCCAACAUCGAGAAACAGGCCACGUUGUUUCAGCAAUUGUGCUUCAAAACCCUGAAAGAGGCUCUCGUCUUCUUCCUUGUCACAAGAAAUGUGAGGCUGCUAAAUGGGCCCAAAGAGUUCGUCCCCCAAUGGCUCCAGCUCCUGACAGAAGUCCUCGAGGUGGAGAGAGCCACGAUCUUUUUGUGGGAUGCGAGGCGGGGCGAGUUGUAUUCGCGGUGCGCCACAGGGGGUCUCUCACAAGCCAUCCGCCUCAAGAGUGGCUCUGGUAUUGCCGGCUGCGUCUACGCAACCGGCCAGCCGGUGAUUGUGGAGAAAGCCUACUCCCACCCCAGAUUCAAUCCUAUCAUCGAUAAACGAACAAACUUCCGGACGAGGAACAUCUGCUGCGUUCCGCUUCGGCUCGGCGACAAGGUGAGAGACAAGUGCAUUCUGGAGCUCGGGGGGUUCAUCUAG